AUGGCCAACAUCUUGCCGCCGGCGUCCCCGUCUCCGUCCCUGGCGCCGGCAGUUAGAGCUCGCGCCAAAAAUCUCAGGAUGGACGAAGUCACACCAGCUGUUGAAAAUCUGAAGAAAGAAUGGAGCCAAGCAGUUUCACAGCUUGAGGAGAACAUUACUGCAAUCGAAUCAUGUGGGAAAGCAGGGAAAGGAACAGAGGAAGCAAAUUCUCUUCCGAGGUUGAAUGGUUCUGCACAGGAUGCUCUGCAGUUGCUCAAGUCACUGCAGUUCCGGCUUGAUCUUCUAGCACAGCAGCUUCCCACUUUUGAUGAAGUGCAGUCUGGCCAAGCAACACCGAAGUCAUGGGAUGAACAACACAAGAAGCUUCGUGUUAGCCUGAGGAAUGCUAACUUACAAGCAAAAGAUAACAUUAGACAAGCUGCUCAAGAGGAGAGGGCACUUCUUCUGGGGGUGGCGAAGAGUCAUACCAUCCGUAGGCAUAAUAUCCAGACAAAGGCUGGAGUGACAUCUGCUGCUGAAAGUAUCACUGAGAGCCUCCGACGGUCUCGCCAGAUGAUGGUUCAGGAAGUGGAAAGAAGCGCUAGUACCUUGGCAACAUUCGACGAAUCGACAAGUGUUCUCCGGAAGGCUGAAGGUGAAUAUCAAGGACACUGCUCUUUGCUAAUGCGUACCCGUGGUUUGCUCUCCACGAUGCAACGGCAAGAUGUUCUUGAUAGGAUCAUCCUGACUAUCGGUUUUAUCAUAUUCUCCUUGGCGGUACUUUAUGUUGUCUCGAGACGUAUUGGCCUGUUGACGCUACAAAGGAAACUGGACGAUGCCAUCAGAUCAGGUUCAUUAUCAGAUGAGGACUUGGUAGCGAAAGCCCAACAUGGACCUGCCCCAGCAAAUGUUCCUGCUCCUCUGCUGCUCCUCCCAUUUAUGAUGAACUAUGAAGAAUCGCUUUCAUUCUCUGUUCUAUGA